AUGGGAAUGGCGUCCAUGAGCUCUGGUAGUGAAAGUCUUAGACUUUGCGUGUUUGACUUGAGGAGAGGCCAAAACGAAGGUCAGGAAUUGGACAAGAUCUUGUUCUUCUAUCCUCCUGAUCAAACCUUCUCCACUCAGUUAUCGGUUAUUGGGCUCAGUGAAGGGCUUAUCACCUUUACAAGACUUUUCUCACCGGAGGCAGCUUGUGAGGUAAUAGAAGCAGAGAGACAUUCCCAUGUUUUCUAUGAAGCCGAGCCAGACAUAUGGAUGGUCAUGGUUGUAGAGAAAAACAAGGAGAUUGAAGCCAUAUGGAGGGUUGAUGCAUUGCAGAGAAUACUCAAGGAAGUUCACUCUCUCUUUGUCAUGUUUCAUGGAUCAAUUAGGGCAUUGCUUGAAAAAGAACCAACCGGAGGGCUUACUCGAUCGCACUUGUAUCCAUUCAUCACUGACUACUUAAAUGAUCUUUUUGUUGGGAAGAAACUUCAGUUACCUUCUUUCCGCGAAACUCUGAAAGAGCGUGGAACUGUUCAAAUGCUUACGUUAGCAAGAGACGCAGCCAUUGAAGUUCAGUCUCUUGUAGGAGUGCUAGAUUCAUGUGCUGGUACCGUUCGAUGCCACUCUAUGAUUCUAUUUCAUGACCUACUGGUGUCAACAACUCUCUCACCUGAUGAUACCGUCGACGUGUUUACAUAUUCUGUCAUGAGAUUGACCAGAAACGCGAUAUCCUCUGGCACGAGCUCCUGGUCAUAUCUACGCAAGGGAUCCACUUUAUCUCAAAUCUCUUCUAGAUCUUCCUCUCCGCAACUUCUUGGUUCAAGUGAUCCAUCAUUGCCUUCAGGAAAUGGUAACAACGCCGGUCGUGUGAUUAGACCAUUGCAGCACGAUAAGUGGUCGAAAGGGACAGAUGGGUUUCUGGUAACCGAUAUAUGGGGUAGAGAUGCGACCCCAACAAUCUUGCUACAGCAGACACAAGAAAGAGUUUAUCUUUUGACUUAUCAAUACAAAAAUCUCACCUUGGUUCUUCUCGUUCCUGACAAUGCCAUUGUCAAUGGAGAGCUUGACAUCUCCUUCGUGAAGCAUCAAGUUAUUGAAAACGCAUCGGCGAAAAUCUUGAAAGUGGAAGAGAAGAUAACGAAAGGAUGGGGCGGUGAGAAUGCUUACCAUGUAAGCGGUUACCGUUACUUGAUAGUUGAUACUGACAUGGAAGUAUCCAGAGCUUCUCCACCGGGAAAGGUAGCAACUUUGGCAAAGGAAACUUUACUUGCACAAAACAAGCUAAGGGAAACAGUGGAUACAGAGAAGAGCCGGACGAAGGAAGAGAAAGACAUGGAGAUAAGCAUUCGAGCUAAGAACAACGCGUGGGUCAUGGCUCGUUUAACCAGAGGUAAAGAGCUUUACAUGGCUUUGGAGAAAGCAAGUGAGACUCUUCUUGAUGCAACAGACUCUGUCCAGAGUUUCAGCCACAAGUACUGCAGCGGAGUAUUCUCCAUGGAUUAG